AUGCCAGUGAAAAGAGUUGCCGUGAUUGGAGCUGGGGUCAGUGGUCUAGGUGCCAUUAAGUGCUGUUUAGAAGAAGGACUAGAACCUACCUGCUUUGAAGGAAGCAAUGACAUUGGGGGACUCUGGAGAUAUGAGGAAAAAUCAGAAGCAGGGAGACCCAGUGUCUACAGAUCUCUGACCUGCAAUACUUCUAAGGAGAUGACAGCCUAUAGUGAUUACCCUUUUCCUGAUGAUUAUCCCAACUACAUGCACAAUUCCAAAAUGAUGGAGUACUUACGAAUGUACGUCAAACAUUUUGAACUUCUGAAGCAUAUUCGCUUCCUGUCAAAGGUGUGCAGUGUGAGGAAGCGCUCUGAUUUCUCCUCCACUGGCCAGUGGGAUGUUGUGGUAGAUACUGAUGGGAAGCAGGAAUGCUACAUCUUUGAUGGGAUCAUGGUUUGCAAUGGCCAUUAUACUUACCCGAAUUUGCCCCUAAAAGACUUUCCAGGAAUCAAGAAGUUUAAAGGACCCUACUUCCACACCUGGGAGUAUAAGAAUCCAGAGAAAUUUAUAGGGAAAAGAAUCGUUGUGAUUGGCAUUGGGAAUUCUGGAGCUGACGUGGCUUGCGAGCUCAGUCAUAUGGCCAAACAGGUGUUCCUCAGUACAAGGCGAGGUGCUUGGAUAUGGAACCGUGUUUGGGAUAAUGGGAAGCCCAUAGACACUGUACUCUUCACACGCCUUUAUAACUACCUCAAUAAGUGGCUAACAACCUCCAUGAUCAACAACUGGGCAGAGAAUAAACUCAAUUCCAGGUUUAAUCACAUGGAUUUUGGUCUUCAGCCUCAGCACAGAUUUCUGAGUCAUCAACCUACUUUCAGCGAUGAUCUACCCAACCACAUCAUUUCUGGGAAAGUGCUAGUGAAACCAAAUGUGAUCGAAUUCACUGAAAGCACGGCAAUAUUUGAAGAUGGUACUGAAGAGGAGAUUGACGUUGUAAUUUUUGCCACAGGAUAUACAUUUGAUUCCUCUUUCUUGGAAGACAACUUGAAAAAUAUUGACAGUCAGAACUCCACGUAUAAGUUUGUAUUUCCACCUUUUCUUGAGAAGUCUACACUAGCUUUUAUUGGUAUCCUCCAACCAGUGGGAGCCACCAUUCCUACAUCAGAAAUCCAAAGCCGUUGGGCUGUACGCAUAUUCAAGGGACUGAACAAAUUACCUUCACAGAAAGAUAUGAUGGCAGACAUUAAACGGACCAGAGCCAAACUGGACAAACAGUAUCUGCCAAGCCAACGUGAUGCUAGUCGAGUAACGUAUAUUCAGUACAUGGAUGAAAUUGCUUCUGAAAUUGAUGUCAAACCUAAUGUGUUCUCUCUCUUUCUCCGAGAUCCCAAGCUGGCCUUAGAAGUUUUCUUUGGUCCUUGCACCCCAUACCAGUACCGCCUUCAGGGGCCUGGGAAAUGGGCUGGGGCCAGGACAGCCAUCCUCACUCAAAGGGAACGAAUUAUCAAGCCCAUGAGGACUCGAGUCCUCAACUGUCACCAGCCUCCAUCCUUUAAGUUGUCUUGGCUGUUAGGAGCCUUCCUUAGUCUAGCUCUAUUUAUCUUUAUUUUUGUAAUGAAUAGAUAA